UUUAUGUUACCCAUAUCCGUGUUCGACAUGGUCUAGGAAAAGAAACCCACCUUAAAAUCUCAAACCUUGGAACUGUUUAGGAACCUUGGACUAAGAACAAGCGAAGAAAAAGAAGAAGGAACCGUGGUUUUAAUAAAGAGGUGACGGCAUUAUUGGAGUUCAUCAAAUGGCUACUAAUGGAGAACAUGCUUCUACCAAACCGCCUCCAACCCCCUCUCCUCUAAGGAAUGCCAAAUUCUUUCAGGCAAAUAUGAGAAUUUUGGUUACUGGAGGAGCUGGAUUCAUUGGCUCUCACCUAGUUGACAAGCUGAUGGAAAACGAGAAGAAUGAGGUUAUUGUUGCAGAUAACUACUUCACUGGCUCAAAGGACAACCUUAAGAAAUGGAUUGGUCAUCCAAGAUUCGAGCUUAUUCGUCAUGAUGUCACCGAGCCAUUGCUGGUUGAGGUUGAUCAAAUAUUCCAUCUUGCUUGCCCUGCUUCUCCGAUCUUCUACAAACACAAUCCAGUAAAGACAAUAAAGACAAAUGUGAUCGGUACAUUGAACAUGCUGGGACUGGCCAAGCGAGUUGGAGCGAGGAUUUUGCUCACUUCUACUUCGGAGGUGUAUGGAGAUCCUCUUAUUCACCCUCAGGUUGAGAGCUAUUGGGGAAAUGUGAAUCCAAUUGGAGUUAGGAGUUGCUAUGAUGAGGGAAAGCGAGUGGCUGAAACAUUGAUGUUUGAUUAUCACAGGCAGCACGGCAUAGAGAUCCGGAUUGCUAGGAUUUUCAACACUUAUGGACCUCGCAUGAAUAUUGAUGAUGGCCGUGUCGUCAGCAACUUCAUAGCCCAAGCUAUCCGGAAUGACCCCUUGACUGUUCAAGCACCUGGAACACAGACAAGGAGUUUCUGUUACGUCUCUGACAUGGUUGAUGGCCUUAUUCGACUUAUGGAAGGAGACAACACUGGUCCAAUCAACAUUGGGAAUCCAGGUGAAUUUACAAUGCUCGAACUCGCAGAGAAUGUCAAGGAGCUUAUCAAUCCUAAGGUGGAGAUUAAAAUGGUUGAAAACACACCUGAUGAUCCUCGGCAGAGGAAGCCUGACAUCUCAAAAGCAAAGGAGUUACUGGGAUGGGAACCAAAGGUCAAGUUGCGUGACGGUCUGCCCCUCAUGGAAGAUGAUUUCCGUACAAGACUUGGUGUCCCCAGAAAUUAAUGAAAAUGUAGCAUAGAAAUCGAGGGUGAUGGAGGUGCAAUUUUGUAAAUUCGCUUGCCUCCAUUGUGUGCGACACAUCUUUACUCCAUAUGUUUCUCAAGCAGAAGAAUAAGUGAUUUUAUUGUUUUAUUGUCGUGUUAUGUUUAUUUACUCAAAACAUUUGGAAUGUAUUCGAUUUUAUAUGAAAGAGCGUUUUUGGUUUUGUGUUUAA